GCCACGACUCUUUUUCUCCGGCCGGCGUGUCCGUCUUCAAUAAUUUUAUUUUUUCCUCUUCAUUUCUUUCCCUUCUCCCAAACAAAAAGAAAAUGGAUUCUCAAUACCCGAACCAGAAACCCUCUCUUCACCCGGAAGUGAUCCGAACAAACCUCGAAAUCCCCCAAUACGCUUCUUAUUCUUCCAACAACCUUUACCCCACCAUUGACAAGCGUGAUUUUGUCGAAAACCUUUUCCCGGACUUUGCCCCAUAUUCCGUUAGCUUCCACAACGGCCAGUCAUAUCCUCCGUUUGCGCCAACGGUCCCCUAUUCGCAAUAUCCCGUUAGCGGCCAUUAUGGUCACUCGGAUCCUCCUUUCGUGAUAACGGCCCUGCCUGAGCAAUUUCCCUUUAGCGCCUCUGAUGACCACUCAGAUCCUCCGUUCGCGCCAACGGCCCCAGCUGAAGCUGUUGAGGAAGUUUUAAUGAAAAUCCCUGGUGCCAUCGUACAUUUGAUCGAUAAAUCUUACAGCGUCGAGCUCGCUUGCGGAGAAUUCUCGGUAGUUCGUCUCUGGCAGGACAACAACAUUGUCGCUGUUCUAGCGCGUGUCGCUGAUGAAGUCCAAUGGCCGAUUACGAAACAAGGGACGGCCGUUAAACUUGACGAUUCUCAUUAUUUCUUCUCUCUUGAGUUCUCUAAGGAAGCCGAUAAAACUUCCGAGGAUGGCUCUGAUUUGCUUAGUUACGGGUUGACAAUAGCCUCAAAAGGACAAGAAAAUUUGUUGAUACAAUUGGAUGAUAUAUUGCGAUGUUAUAGUUGUUUUACGGUGCAGAAAGUAAAGGGGAAAGGGGAGAAGGUUUUGGAUGGAGGGGAGAACAUGUCCCCGGAGGAUUUGAAUUCGGCAAGCAAGAAGGCGGCGAUGGAGGGUAGAUGUGCGGCCUAUUGGACUACACUGGCGCCUAAUGUGGAGGAAUAUAGUGGGACAGCGGCUAAGAUGAUUGCGGCUGGAUCAGGGCAGUUGAUCAAGGGGAUAUUGUGGUGUGGAGAUGUGACAAUAGAUAGAUUGAAUAGAGGGAACGAGGUAUUGAAGAGCAGAAUGACCCCUACCGAGGAGAAUUUGGAGAUUAGUCCAGAGGCAUUGAAGAGGAUACAGAGGAUUAAGAAGGUGACAAGAGUGACACACAAAGUGGCAAAAGGGGUUCUCUCUGGUGUUGUGAAAGUAUCUGGAUAUUUCUCAAACUCUGUUGUGAACACAAAACUGGGCAAGAGGGUUUUUCGGCUCCUACCUGGAGAAAUGGUUCUUGCUACCCUGGAUGGAUUCGAUAAAAUUUGUGAUGCUGUUGAAGCAGCUGGGAAAAACGUAAUGACAACAUCAUCCACUGUGACGACUGAACUUGUCAACCAAAAGUAUGGAGAAAAAGCAGCUGAGGCUACAAGCGAAUGCCUGAAUGCUGCAGGGCAUGCUAUGGGAACAGCAUGGGCUGCAUUUAAACUCCGAAAGGCACUAAACCCAAAGAGUGCUCUUAAAUCUAGCGUGCUAGCGAAGGCUGCUGCUAAGGCUACUGUUGAAGAGGCAAGGGCUAAGAAGUGAUUGCUUUCAGAUAUCUGCUCUUCAAAUUUUUAGCAGAGAGAUGUGGUUAUAAUGCUGACAUCCAUAAGCUUCAAAAGUCAUCGAUAUUUUUUCCGAUUGUUAUGGUAUUUGUAACUGGUUAUUCCUUUAUGCUUAUGCCGUACUUAUUCUCUCUUUAGUGGCAAGAAUUAAAAGGCUUUAGUCCGGUUAUGGUAACGAUAGUUAUGAU